UGCAGCUGCUGGUAAUUUGGUGUGCUAUGUUCAUUUGCCUUUUCAGAGAAAGUAAAGUUUCUUCAUGUGAUGUGAUGGUCGAAGUACGAAGAGGAGAAACAAAACGUGUUUCCACUGGACAAAAUCUGACAGUCAAAUGUCCCGUCAAACUCUGUGGGGAGUCAUUCAAUGUCAGAUGGUUUAAAUUCUCUAACACGUUAAAGAACUGGGAGGCCAUUCCAGUUAUGGAGAACAUGAAAAUCACACAGAAAUAUAAUAAAGAGAAUCUGAUCUCAUAUUUAAGUUUAGCUCAGGUUUCCAUUAAUGAUGACGGCCUGUACCGAUGUGCUGUAGGACCCAGUAACGAAAUAGUCAGCCAUUCCAUCAACAUCUCAGUUUCAGAACUAAACAAAGGAGUAGAAAACGCUGAUAAUGAUGCAGACAGUAUUGAUGACGAUCGCUCCUCGCUUUCCAUCUUCCUGAUCUGUGUUACCAUUAUAUUUGUGAUCGCCGCAGCGACAGUGUUGAUCCUCGUGUGCUUUCAUGGCUGGAAACGAACGUGGACCCGCAACAACCAAAUUCAAGAGCAGGAAAUAUCUACACAUAUGAUACCAGGCCUCCCCAAGAUGAGCGCCCCUGCUUCUCCCCGCCUACGGACUCAAUUCUCAGUUCUGAAAGACAUCUAUUCUUCAAGUAAACCAGAAAGAACAACAUCAUCAUCGCCGGCUCUCGCUCUCACUGGGAACCAGCUGAAUGUUACAUACACAACAGUGAAAACAGAAGCACCUGACGUUGAAAUGUACGCUGUCAUCAACCCCCUACAACGUGGGGCAACAGUCAGAAACUACACAUGUAAACACGACGCAAAGACAAAUUAUGCCGUUAUCAAUGUGACUUAAAAGUUGAGUAUUUUUCACUGACUAAGAAUAACUUAGAAACUUCCAUACUUGUGUGGAAGCGUCAUGGAACGGUGUUGGUUAAGUGUCAGUGCAGAAAGAGGGUUGUGGUCAUAAAGCUGAAGCAUAAAGUAGACACGAGAGGCAUCAAAGGAUAGUUUUUUCCUGUGUAUUCAUCAUUUUAUGUAACUAUAGUUUCAACAAUUCAGGGAUUUGAAAUGGUUAAAGCAUUAUUAUUUUUCUUUUUUUUUUAUUAACAUAUGUUGUGCAUUGCUAUUACUUAAGAUUAUGAAAUGCCAGAAAUGUCACAUGACUUCAAACAGCAACUUCAAGAAAAAAAACACAUAAAGCCAUUCUAUCACACAUUUCCUGUAUAACAUUCAGUGUGUCAUCAUGUCUGCACUGACACAAAUUUCCUAACUUGUAAACCACAGUUGAGUGCUUUGGCUCAAGACUACAGGAAGUUGAAGGUCGAAAGAAUUUUUUUUUCUUUUUGCGUGGUGAAACGAGCCUUCAUUUGUUCUUAGCUAGGUGACAGGUACCUGAUUUCUGAGAUAAGGACCUGAUUGUUUGGGUGCUAAAAAUAAAAUCACAAAAGAGUUGGUCAAAUUCAUAUUUAACGACAAAAAAUAUUUAAGACCAAUAAAAAAUUUUAUUACAGAAACAAUCAGCAUGCACAAGUAUCCUAUAAUUGAAAUGUACACAAAAGGCCAACAAUAAAAUGGAUUUUAGAGUAUUAAAGAAAGGUUUGGUAGAUUUUAAUUCUUUAAUAUGAAACUAUUAUUUCAGAUAAAGUCAAAAUUAUUCAUGCCCCCAUUUGACCAACAUAUCACGUUUAACUGGAAGUAUCAUUAACUUCUUGAAGUGGUUGUUCAGGCUACCAGUCCACAUUCGGGUUGAUAAUCUGUGGAGGGAGCAGAUGACUAGAACGAUGGGAAGGACGCCCUCCAACAUGAAAGAGUUGGAGGUCACCACUAAUAAUGGCAAUAAUAAUUUUUCAAAAAUUGUUGAGUUUUAGAGAGCUGAAUCUGAAAGAAAAUGCAAUGAGAGUCGGAGCAACAUGAUAAUUUAUUGGAUAAUCAAAUAAAUAUAUUUUUUCCUGACAUUUUUUAUG